AUGGCGCAUGGAUACAGGGAUGAUCGUGAACCACUUCUGUCUACUCCCGGUACCUUUAGUAGUUCCUGUGGGAACUUUAUGUCUGAGGCGCCGCCACCGUUUAGUGGAAAUAGAGCCUUAGUGUUGCCUGCUGGGAAAACACACCACCUGUUCUUCUCUCAUAGUUCUGACGGCCAGCAAUGGGUUGAGAUGUGUGUAGAGCGACUGGAACAAGACUGUGGGAUCAAGUGUCUGUGGCCUCCGAGAGAUUUCACUCCUGGGAAACCGAUUGUUUCUCUUAUCGAAGAUGGAAUGUCACGUGCUAUGAAAAUAGUUCUGGUUUUGUCGCCAGAAUACAUCGACAGUGGGUGGUGUUCUUACGAAAGACACCUUGCGUUUGUGUUGUCUGUCCAAGAGAGACGGAACUGCAUCAUCCCAGUGAUGCUGAAACCCUGCCCCGUGCCAGACGUGCUGAGAACCGUCAACUACAUCGACGUCACCAAGGGAGAGAAUGCUGACUGUAAAAUUGCUAACGCGUUGUACCAGAAAUGUGAACUUCAAGACAUUCUGCCAACUUUUAACCGACAACACCACCAAGAAGGUAACAAGCUUUAA